UCGCCUCAACCGGCGGUCUACGGCGAGUGCAGGCGGUAUCGCCAUCCUCUCGACGUCGCCCUAGCGUGCCUCGAACGGCAGUCUAGGGCGAGUACAGGCGGUAUCGCCAUCGGACCUCAACCCAGCUCGCACACACUGAAGGUCCCCCCUGCCGCUCCGUUCAUCGGGUAG